UGUUUCCAAGAGACCAGGAAGCUUGACGUCAGAGUAAGAGUGUGCGAGGAAGACAGUUUAUUACACAAAAUAGCGAAUGUAGAGACAAAUCCUGACAACCAAAGGCUGAACUUAUAGCGUCCUCUCGUGCAGAUCAACUUUACACAGCCAGGUAAGCUUUUCCCACACUGCACCAUGGGUAAUGGAUCAUCGGAGCCCGCGGUUGGCCAAAGGUCAGCUGACGACGAUACGAAAAGCCCGGAGCUGAUUGAAGGAAUGGCGCGAGUCAUGACGACAGCCAAAGAACGACGGACCGCGAAUCGGAAUGUCUACACGAGAGAAGAGAGGGAGGAAGAGGAGGAAGAAUAUAACUACAGGGAGAGUGCAGUUAUCCUGACCCAGCUGUUUAAGAAGAUGGACCCAGCCGUGAUGAAGAGUAUUGGGGACGUGAUGGGGGAACUCAAGGUGUCCGUCAAGUUCAAGUCCGACCAGUCGCUGCUGCUGGUGAAGGUUGUUGGGGCGCGUGACCUGUCGCCCAAGGACCUGCGCGGGAAAGUCGCCAACGCGUUUGUGCAGGUGGACCUAGUCCCAGAUCUAAUCAGCUCAGGUGUCAAACACACCAACGUGGUGAAGAAGUCGCUAAAUCCAACGUUCAACGAGAUCUUCGCGUUCCCGUUGGCGGAGGGCAGCUUGGCGGAGACCAAGCUGCGACUAACGGUGUGGAACCACGACACUCUGGGUGGGGGGGACUUCAUGGGGGAGAGGAUCGUGGAGCUGAGUGAUGUGGAGCCAGACCUGGUCCUCACUAACUGGUACCCUCUACAGGAGGAGACUGACCUGAGCAUCAGUGGUACCCUGGAGAUCAGUCUGGGGUACAAGCUGCCCCAGUUGCUGUGUGUGAGCGUCCACAGGGCCUCAGGACUGGUGUGCAGGGACGGACACACACUCCCACAUCCCUUUGUGAGAGUCAUGGUCCCAGGUAUCACUAUGGUGGAACAGACAGAUGUGAAGAGAGACACACUGGACCCUGAGUGGGAGCAGACGUACGAGUUUCCUGUGCCACAAGAGGAGUUUGACUACAGAUAUGUUGUCCUGCACGUGUGUGACAAGUCUCGAGACGGAGAGUCCAUGGGAGAGGUUCACAUCGACCUCUGUAACUUUGACCCCGAGGAGGGCUACACUGGCUCCUUCCCCCUGGCAGACAUGAGGAACUCUGACCGUGUGCGGACGAAGUGGGCCCAGCGGGCGCUUCUACAGGAGUUUAAGGAGGCCAUGUACGCUCACUCUGCCUACCAGUUCCCCAAGUUUCUCUUCCACAAGCACACAGGGCACAAGGUUGUAUCUGUGAGCAGUCGCAAGGCGGGCUGCCAGGCAAAGGUUCGGAUUAUCGGCGGUGUUCCCAUAUCGUAGGGAAGCUUGCGACAUGGCGGUUUUCUGAUGGGUUUGCCUUACAUCUUUUAGAGUCUGCUGACCUGAAUCACAUACCUUCAUGAUAAAAUGGCUUGUUUUGUUAAUUAUUGAAAAUAUAAUUCCGAUCUUGUAUGAUACAAGAUCACAACAGUAUGUAAAUUUUAUGGAGCCAAUCUUUGUAAAUACCAACAAAAUUUAGACUGAUAUGUCUGCAGGUUCUAUAAUACAGACCCAGUCCAAUCCAAAAAACUUAGAUGUGAAUUGUCAUAAACUAAUGAAAAUUUAGAAAUAUUGUAAUGUUACAUCAGAAUUUUUCAGAUGGCAUGAAUGUGCAGUAAAAUAUUUCAGCCUGAGAUCAUAUUAGAAAAGACACUUAGGGCUGUAACUGUAAAUUUUGAAUCAUAGAAAAAUAGAUUGUAGAAUUAUCCAUUCUAUCUAUCCUUGAAAGAUGUGUGUGUAUACCCCUAGAAUUGUCUGUAUAUAUUUCCAUAACCCUGUCAUUUCAAUAGAGAUUUCACAGAUAUAUUUCAAUAUUGAUUCUACAGUGUAUAUCAACUCAAAGGUGGUAUCGUAACAAUAAGCACGACACUUUAUGACAACAAUAUUUUAUUAUGGUGACAGUUCCAAAGUGUAUAUGUUGCAAUCAAAAUUUAGAUCAUGCGUCACGAGCGAGUUUUGUCAACAAUCUCUAUUUUUACUACAUGAUGCAACGCCUCCCUAGUAUUGGAUUCUCGACCACACAGUAUAGUGCCACAAAAAAAAAA